GCCUGCUGUCAUCUCGGUAUUUAAACCACCUCUGUAUAUUUAGUCGGUCCUUUUCGCCGCUCAGAGCUUCUGUCUUCAAGUCCAGGCUACAGAGUAGCUUCGACUUAUUCGUCAGUCAUGGCUGAUCAGGCCUUUGUGACGUUGGCUACCAAUGACAGCUAUGCUCGGGGCGCCAUGGUUUUGGGCAAAUCCCUCCGUAAGCACAAUACAUCCAAGAAGCUGGUGGCACUUGUUGGGCCGCAAGUAUCAGAGCCUUGCCAGUCUGUGCUGAAGAGGAUCUAUGAUGAGGUGAGGGUGGUGGAUGUGCUGGACAGUGGCGACACUGCACACCUGGCCAUGAUGAAGAGACCCGACCUGGGCGUGACCUUCACCAAACUCCACUGCUGGACCCUCACACAUUACUCCAAAUGUGUUUUCAUGGAUGCGGACACUAUGGUGCUUUCAAAUAUAGAUGAGUUAUUUGACAAAGAGGAACUGUCAGCUGCUCCUGACCCUGGCUGGCCCGAUUGCUUCAACUCUGGCGUUUUUGUUUUUCGUCCUUCUGUGGAGACUCACGGCAAACUGCUUCAAUAUUGUACAGAACACGGCAGCUUUGACGGAGGAGACCAAGGGGUUUUGAAUGGCUUCUUUAGCAACUGGGCAACAUCUGACAUAUCGAAACAUCUCCCCUUCAUUUACAAUCUCAGCAGCAUAGCCAUCUACACUUACCUUCCAGCUUUUAAGCAAUAUGGUGGAAAUGCCAAGGUGGUCCAUUUCCUAGGGAAGACCAAGCCAUGGGGUUACACAUUUGAUCCCAAAGCCAAACAAAUUUCAGGGAGUGAGCAGGAUGCCACCACACACUCUACCUUCCUUCUUGACUGGUGGACCCUGUACUCUGGUGACGUGGUGCCCAUGCUGCAGGAGCAGUAUGGAGACCAGCCUUUCCACUCAGGAUGUGUGGAGAUCCAACACAGUGAUACUGUCACUUUUGAGAGUGGACAGGGCGUGAGCAGGUCUUCACAUGCACAUGCACAGGCAUCCCGAUCCCAGCAGAUGUCCUCAGAAGAACGGAAGGAGAAAUGGGAGCAAGGUCAGGCAGACUACUUGGGAAUGGACUCAUUUGACAAUAUCCAGAGAAAGCUUGAUACUUUUCUUAAAUAAAGGAUGUCAAAAGAGCACUUACAGUUUAACAAACUGUUGCCAAGAAAAUACUGCAAAAAAAACAAAAACAGAUUGCAGUUUUCUUUCCUGCCUUUAUCUCAACUAGAAAUAAGCCAGGUCUCUCUUCCCACAAGCACUACCAACUCCAUACUCCAAAGACAGCCCAAUUUGAAUGAGGAAAGUAAAGUGAAAUAUUAUGAGUGGCUUUAUUUCUCUCUGCAAAAUUAUCAUGAUUCAGUUUACCCAGGCACCGAUGUCUGUUCUGCUACAGUGUGAAGAAAAGCAGGAAAGGAUUAUAACAUGUGUGCUUGUUUAAAGAUGAUUAUUAAAAUUUUGUUUUCAUGUUAAUGCUUCUUUUGUAAAAAGGAGAUGGCAACAAGAGUUCAACAGGGCCAUUUGUAUCAGUGUGGUUAAGAUGUGUAGUCACAUUGUCAUUUUAUUUCAGUAUAUUUUCCUUCUUUUUUGUACUCUGCAGUCACCUAACAGUUUUCUUAAUAUUUUCUUUGCUUCAUUUCUCAAAAAAUAAUGUUGUUUUUAAAUUAGAAGUCUCUCUUUUACAUGGGUAUAAAGAUAUGUUUACAGCACUUCUAAAGGCCAUAUUAUGGUCAGUUAGCAAUGCACACUAGAUCCUUAGUGCCUUAAUGCCUUGCUAUCUUUACAACUAUCAAAUUAUGUUAUCUCACUCUUGGCCAGCAGCUUCUUCAGUAGGUGAUUUGGUUUUAAUUUUACUUGACCAGGAUGUUGGCUGGAAAUCUUUUAUCUGGAAGCAAUAAAAAAACAUCCUUAAAAACUG